ACUGACGGCUCCAAGUAUGUCGACUGUCAGGUCAAAUCCAUCGGUACCACGAUUAUUAAUUGGUAAUCAUCAUCAAGAUAACCUUGCUUACAGCUCGAGAUGUGGACCCUGAGCAUGACCCUGAUGUUACUGUGUGUAGCGGCUGUGUGCCUCUGCGCGGACACUGACGGCUCCAAGUAUGUCGACUGUCAGGUCAAAUCCAUCGGUACCACGAUUAUUAAUUGGUAAUCAUCAUCAAGAUAACCUUGCUUACAGCUCGAGAUGUGGACCCUGAACAUGACCCUGAUGUUACUGUGUGUAGCGGCUGUGUGCCUCUGUGCGGACACUGACGGCUCCAAGUAUGUCGACUGUCAGGUCAAAUCCAUCGGUACCACGAUUAUUAAUUGGUAAUCAUCAUCAAGAUAACCUUGCUUACAGCUCGAGAUGUGGACCCUGAACAUGACCCUGAUGUUACUGUGUGUAGCGGCUGUGUGCCUCUGUGCGGACACUGACGGCUCCAAGUACGUCGGCUGUAAAUCCACCUCUGAUUGUGGACCCGGCAGAUGCUGUGUUUUCUUGAACGGGAGGUACCCUACCACAGCGUGCGACUCCCACCGUCGGCAAGGGGAGAGCUGCCGUCCUCGCGGCCAACCCUUCAGUCAGGCACUGAACUACCCCGGGGGCGCCACAGUGCAAGUCACCGACGUUUACCAAGGGUUGUGUCCCUGCGACCUUGGCCUUUCCUGUAAUAAGGCCCAGUGUGUUAAGGCGUGAUUUCACACUUGAGUCUGUCUCAGUCACAGCUUCUACUAUCUAUCAAAUAGCUUUAUUAUUUA